UUACCUCCUGGCUGGGCCCCCCAAACUUUGCAUACAGGCUGUACCGGAAGGACGCAAUGGGUGCUCUGAAAGUUUGUUGAGUGAUGGACUCCGAGCCUAGUUUCUAGGGCGAGGACUCAUGGAAGGGCUACUCACACGAUGCAGACCACUGGCUGCCCGCAGCCCCCACCUCGGCCACGGCCUGCCUCCCAGGUUUCACCACUGCGCCCCAGGGAGAGGGAAGCGCCUGGUGUUGUCUCGGAUGUUCCAGCCGCAGAACCUUCGGGAGGACCAGGUGCUGUCCCUGGAGGGCAGAUCCAGCGACCUGACCUGUAAGAGCCAGCGGCUGAUGCUACGGGUGGGCUUGAUCCACCCGGCCGGCCCGGGCUGCUACCACCUGCUGCCAUAUACCGUCCGGGCCUUGGAGAAGCUGGUGCGGGUGAUAGACCAGGAGAUGCAGGCCAUCGGCGGGCAGAAGGUCAACAUGCCCAGCCUCAGCCCUGCCGAGCUGUGGCGAGCCACCAACCGGUGGGACCUGAUGGGCAAGGAGCUGCUUCGACUCAGGGACAGGCACGGCAAGGACUACUGCCUGGGCCCCACGCACGAGGAAGCCAUCACGGCCCUGGUCGCCGCCCAGAAGACCCUGUCCUACAAGCAGCUCCCGUUCCUGCUCUACCAGGUGACCAGGAAGUUCCGUGACGAGCCCCGGCCCCGCUUCGGGCUUCUCCGGGGCCGAGAGUUUUACAUGAAGGACAUGUACACCUUUGAUGCCUCCGUGGAUGCCGCCCAGCAGACCUACGGGCUGGUGUGUGAGGCCUACGGGCGCCUCUUCGACCGGCUGGGGCUGCGCUGUGUGAAGGUCCAGGCCGACGUGGGCAGCAUCGGGGGCACCAUGUCACAUGAGUUCCAGCUCCCAGUGGCGGUAGGAGAGGACCGUUUUGCACUGUGCCCCAGCUGCGGCUUCUCCGCUAACACCGAGACGCUGGACCUGUCACAGAAGAACUGCCCAGCCUGCCAGGGGUCCCUGACCGAAACCAGAGGCAUCGAGGUGGGGCACACGUUCUACCUGGGUACCAAGUAUUCAUCCAUCUUCAACGCCCAGUUUACCAAUGAGCGCGGUGAGCCCACCCUGGCCGAGAUGGGCUGCUACGGCUUGGGAGUGACCCGGAUCCUGGCGGCUGCCAUCGAGAUGUUCUCCACGGAAGACUCCGUGCGCUGGCCCGGCCUCCUGGCCCCUUACCAAGUCUGCCUCGUGCCCCCAAAGAGGGGGAGUAAGGAGGCAGCGGCCACCGAGCUCGCUGAGCUCUUAUAUGACCAGAUCACGGAGGCAGUACCCCAGCUCCGUGGGGAGGUCCUGCUGGAUGAUCGGACCCACCUGACCAUCGGGAACAGACUGAAAGAUGCCAACACGCUCGGCUACCCCUUUGUGAUUGUCGCUGGCAGGAGGGCCCUGGAGGAGCCCGCGCAGUUCGAGGUGCGAUGCCAGAACACAGAGGAGGUGCUCUUCCUCAGCAGAGAAGGCGUCCUGGAGUUACUGCGCCCAGUGCAGGUGGGCUGAGCACCCCAGUGGCCGCACCCUGUCCUCGCCAGUGCUCCUGCUUAGAGCUGGUCUCUGCAAGCCUGUAGGGUCGCAUCCCUGCUCUCUGCUGGGGGUCAGCGGUAAAGAGGGGGUGGCUGAUGGACGUGCCCCAGGCUGCUGCCUUGGACUGUGGG